AUGGCAACAACAGCAACAACCAGUAGUCCGAAUGGGUUGAGUCCUCCUCAUACUACACAUACUCAUGGUAGUACGAAUAACAACAAUUACAUCAACGGUGGUAAUAGUAGUAGCAACAGCAACGGCUCCAACACCAGUACACCAACUACAACAAACAUAGUAUCACCCUUACCUCAACAAACUCAACAAGCAACACCUAAUCUACAGCGACAGCUACUGCAGCUGCAACUGCAACAACUACCUAAUCUUGAGUCAACGCCACGCUCGUCUCAUUCUGAUACCACCCCUCCUUCCUUACAUUCAAUACCCCAACAUCAACAUCAACUGCAGCAGCUGAACAAAUCAAACACCACAAACAAUGCUUGCUCCUCGCCUCAUAAUUUGCAUAUACAACCACACCAAUCGCAAUCAGUGCCAUUGCUUUAUAAUCAAUAUACCCCUAAUAACAGUACUACUACUACCACUGCUAAAAAUGGCCAUUUCUUACUGCCAAAAAGUCCUUAUCAUUCGUCUUCUUCAGUUAUCAAGAAUAAUGGCUAUAUUACUGGUAAUAGUAAUAGUAGUACGCUAUCUACUCCUAGAUCAGGUUCAAUACUGGGGCCAUCUACUCCAUCAUUUAAAUUUAACUCACCUUCUCCCACUACACCUACAUUUGCCACUAGUUUCCCAUCAACUGUUUCUCAGCAAUCAGUUGCCAGUUUAAACCCUCAAGAUUAUGAUUUCAUUUUCGAUGUUCGUCCUUUUAAUUUAUAUUCCAAAAGUAGGAUUACCAAGUCAACUAACUUGUGUCUUCCAACAACAUUAUUAAAACGUAAUUCAAUGAGUUUAAUUGAUUUGAUUAAUAUGGUUGAUUUGUCUAGCGAUUUGAAAGAAGUAUUUACAAAACAUUUACAAAAGGAAGGACAGCAACAGCAACAAGAAGAAGUAGAGGAUGAUAAACUUUCGAUUUUAAUUUAUGAUCAAUGUUCUUCAAAUGAUGCAAUUACUUUCCCCUUGUAUCAAACUAUUUCAAAGUUUGAAAAAUACCAUGAUAGGUUCAACAUUUAUUAUCUUGACGGUGGAUUUUCUGGUGCUUUGAUUCAAAAUAAUGGAGUGGUUGAAACGAUGCCACUCAUGAAUAAUAGCAGAGAUGGCAAUGAUGGCGGUGCAAAUUCCAAUGGACAUCGCAAAACCAAAAGUUUGUCAGGAUUCACAUUACCAUCAGCCACCAAUUUUAAGACCAAAUUUGUUCAAUCUAUUAAAAAAAAUAAUGAUUAUGAUGUGAAGAAGGGAAGCGAUACAAAUAAAGAGUUUUUCAGUGAUUUACCUAAUGAAUUUGCCAAACCAUCGUCAAAUACCAGCGUGUCUGAAUCAACCGACUCAUCGUACAAGUAUAAGUUGAGAGAAAUUCCUGCUAAAUUGACACUCCCCCACUGGUUACAAUUUAUGAAACAAGACUCUAAUGAUGAACUGUUGAAGUAUAUGAUUGCCAAGUUCAACAAGAUUGAAGAAAUUGAAAAGUGUCGAUUAAAUAAGAUGGCUUCCAAUUUCAAGUCACCAUAUACUGCCAAUAUUCAAGGCCAGGAUAAAAUCUUUUCGCCUUGUUGCCCAGAUUGUUCUAAAAUUGAUUUCCAAUUACCACAAGGGAUUGAAUUUGGUUACAAGAAUAGGUUUAAUAAUGUAUGGCCGUAUGAACAUUCACGAGUCAAGUUGGGUCAAGCUAAGAACGAUGUGCUGGCUAAAGAGGAAGAGGCGGAAGAGGCGGAAGAGGCAGAGCAAAACCAUAGUCAUGUACACCAGCACAACCAUAGCAACCACAAAUACAGUCAACAAGAUGACUACUUUAAUGGUAACUACAUUAACACCAAUGCAUUAAUAAGUAAUAGCAUCACCUACAUUGCCACCCAAAACCCGUUGGCAUCAACAAUUGACGAUUUUUGGUCCACCAUUGAACAAGAAGAUGUGCAAAUUAUCGUCAAUUUAGAAACCAAACCAAUUCAAUAUUUCGAUCACCCCAAAGUCAAGUCCAUUGAAAUGAUUGAUACUCCAUAUCCUGAUUUCAAGUUGCGGUUAAUUAACAAUCAUAUAUAUCAUUUCCAUUAUUUAUCAUGGCCUGAUUUCGGAAUUCCUCAAUCAUUCAAAUCAAUCUUGGAUAUGGUUCAAUACAAGAACCAAUUGAUAGAAGAUCACAAAUUGAAUAAGAAAUUGUUGGUUCAUUGUACUGCUGGAUGUGGAAGAACUGGAGUUUUCAUAACUAUUGAUGCAUUGAUUCAAGCAUGGAAGAAUCUGAAACAACGAGUAAUGGAUUCGGAUAUUGAUUUGGUUUAUAAAUUGGUGCAACAUCAACGAAGACAACGAGUGGGGAUGGUGCAGAAUUUGGAUCAAUUUAUUAUAAUUUAUGAGAUAUUCAUAGAGUAUUUAAUUAAUAAUAAGUAA